UCCAUCUCCAGGCUCCUACCCACACUUGGAAACCCUAGCCGCCCCUUCGCAGCUUCGCUUCCUUGCCUCCCUCUUCCGCCGUGGCUUGCCCUCUGAUGCCCUGCUGACCUACCCAUGAAUCAUCGCCGUGCGCAGUUAAAAGAGUCAAGAGCCAAAUUUAUCCUUCCUUCCCUGACGUGCCCAUGAAUCAUCGCCCUGCACAGUCCAAAGAGGGAUAAAUUUGGCGAUGGUUCAUGAGUACUUCAACAGGGAAGGAAGGAUAAAUUUGGCUCUUGAUCUUUUUAAGGAGUUGAAGUAGAGGAUUGGCUGUGAACCAAAUGUGGUUACCUGUAUAAUACAAUGAUCUAUGGUUUCUUGAAGCUUAAUUUUUUUCUUGAAGGGUUACUUCUGAUUGAAGGUUGAGCACCCAGAUGCCUCUUUUUUGUGCUAUCGGUGGACAGUCAGGGACAUGACCACUGUUACUUCAAAAAAAUCUAACUGGGCACGGGCACUAGCAUAGUCUUCAAUUCCUAAUGCAGGCUACUCAAACAGCAUUGUUUUUAAUCCAGCUUGUAAUAUAGGAUUCUGAAAUGAUAGAAUAUUUAAUUUACAUUUCGUAAUAUACACUCUAGAACUUGGUGCUUUUCAAUCACCCUUAACUAGUUGUCAUGGUUGCUAAAUCAAGUUGCCUAUGAACGGCAACUUGAUGAUAAUUUUGAGUAAAAUUCUCUUCUUUGAGGGUGGGUUAAUAUCUAUAAAAGCCAGAUAAUAUUUCAAAUGUUUUGCUAAUUCAUUUAAUGUGGAUAAUGAUGACUUUUAAACUGAUAUCGUGGCAUCUUUGCAUAUGCUUGAUUCUGCUGACUCAAGGCACCUAAUGAAGAGUGUUGAGGAGUAUCUAAGGCAUCUUAUAGACAACCAUUGCACUGGAGACCGUAAUGAGAUGGCUUUGUUGCCCGAAGGCAUUACUGACUUGCUGCGUCAUGAAAUGCUAUCUGUGCCAUUGGUUGAACUUUCAGAAACUCUGUCCAGAUUGUGCCUUGACUAUCCAGAUCUAAGCAUAAGUUGUCACCGUAAGGCUAGAACAGGGCCUCUCAUCAUCAAUUUUACUGGAAAGGACCAGAUGAGAGUUGAGUUGGCUGUGAAGGUGGUUUCUCAGAAGUAUCAUGGAGCAUUUUCUGAAUUCAAUUUUGAGGGAGUUUUAAAGAAUUCAAAAGGAAGAGCUGUUUUUUCUCAAUAGGUGAUGCGCAGAUGUGUUCAGCUGAUCAUUCGGAGGACCAAGUUUACUUCACCAGAAUCUAGGUGGUGUUAUUUCUCCAAGACAAAUAUACCAAGAAAUUGUUGGAGCUUUGAUUCGGAAUUCUCUGCUUUCCCCUGUUAAAUUGCUCUGUUAUUUUCUUUUUCGGUUUUUUUUAGACAAAAGAUGAAAGAAUUAUCAUAUAGUUAUUUGUAUGACUUGACAAUCAAUGUGUCAUUCUAAUAACCAGAGAUCUCAUUAAACUCU